AUGCACAUCGUCUUCUCUGUCGAUGAUUUGACCGACUCCUUCUGGCCCCCUCCCCCUCCGGAACCCUCUCCGGGAUCAGUACCGUCGCAGAACAUGCCGGACGGGAUGACUCGAAGCCAAUCGGAGUGGGCGUUCCAGAGACUCCUCCGGGAGAUGUCCGGCUCCGACGAAAGCCCUACCACGAUCAACGUUAGGUCGCCUCCGCCGGUUCAGUCCGAGCAGUCUCUUUCCACCGUCGACGAAACCGCAGAUGUCGUCGAAAUACAGAAGCCGCCGCCGCCGCCGCCGCGGAAUCCAGCGGAUGAUCAGGGGAAUCGAGAUCGUGCGCGGUCUGCUUCUGAUCCGUUGGAUUCAGAUUGUGUCGAUCCGAAUCAGUACCAUGCGAUUCUCAAGAGCAAGCUCGAGAUCGCGUGCGCUGCCGUUGCGCGUCGUGUGGGAGCUGUGAAGCCGGAAGAUUCGAGUGCCUCAGGUGUGAAUCAAAAGCUAUCUCCUCCGGUGGGAUCUCCAGCUCAAGGCUCUGUUGUUGUGGCACAAACCUCACCCGGUGCUUCAUCUGUUAGAUCUAUUCCUUCAACAAGCGUUAAAAGGAAACCAGAUGUUGUUCCAGCAAGGCAGACUACGAGUAUUUCAUCACGAGAUGAUUCUGAUGAUGAUGAUCUUGAUGGAGACAUGGAAACAGCUGAUAAUGGAGAUCCUACUGACGUUAAGCGUGCUAGGAGGAUGCUCUCAAACCGAGAAUCAGCUAGGCGCUCCAGGAGAAGAAAGCAAGAACAAAUGAAUGAAUUUGAUACACAGGUAAACCAAUUAAGAGCUGAGCAUUCGACUUUACUUGGUCGUCUUGGUGACAUGAAUCAGAAGUAUGAUGCAGCUGCUGUCGACAACAGAAUUCUAAGAGCUGAUAUCGAAACCCUAAGAACAAAGGUUAAGAUGGCAGAAGAAACAGUGAAAAGAGUGACAGGAGUGAACCCUUUGCAGUGGGGAAGACCAAACAUGGGCAUGCCAGUGAACAACACACCGAGAAUCCCAAGUACUACUGGUGCCGGUUCAGCACCAAAUCAGAGAGUAGAGGUGAACCGUGAAGGCUUGCAGAAUCAGUUUGCUACUAAUCCGAAGAACAUGUACGAAACCAUGCCCCAUUGGAAUCACAAGCAUUAACCCCAGGAUUGAGUCAUCGACUUUGUGAUUUUUGAAAUAACUCUUAUCUUGCUCUUCUUUUCUUAUUUACUGUGCGACUUCAGGAUGGUGUUAUAUGUAAGGGUGAUGAUGAUGUACCCAUUUAUGUUUGGAAAUAUUUGGAUGGAUGUUAACUUUAAGUCUUUAACGACCUGCUUGGUAGUCA